GGAAGAGGUUUUGCAUAGUGGAGGAACUGAAAGCUAACAGCCAGGCUACACAGUACGGAGCAAAUGAUGCUGGGGUGUGAGGUGAUGUCAAAAGGUAGACACCAGGGCUGGAGGGCGCAUAAUCUUGUGGGCUGUGCUAAUUUGAUUUUGUUUUCUACCCAGGAAUGCUACUUCAGGAGAUCAGGCAAAAGGUUAGGGUGAUGGUGACGGUGGAAAUGUAGAAAAAGGAAUUUAUUCAAGAGGUAUUUAAAAAGAAGUGAAAUAGAGAUGAGUUGGCGAUAGAUUGGAUAAAAAGAGUGAGGGAGAGGGAGGUGUCAGGCUGCAGCCCAGGUUCUGAGUUGCCAAAGAUGGGUCUUUUCCUCAAGGAAAUUGAGACACGCCGGUUGUGAAACCUACUGAAGUGAGCGGCGGCACCAGGAUUCCUGGGACCCCGACCUCUUUGCAGCUCGCACAGCUAAGGGCGACGGCGCCCUUCGGCGGAAGCAGCAAACCGCCGGCUAGCCCAGCGAGGAGGGCUGCCAGGGUCCGGGCUUGGGAAUUGGCUGGCACCCAGCGCAAAGGGACGUGAGCUGAGCGGAAGGGGAGAAGAGUGCGCAAGUCAGAGGGCGGCGCGCGGCGGCGCUACGCGAGGUCCCUACGCCGGGCGAUAUGGGGUGCCUGCUGUUUGUGCUGCUCUGGGCGCUCCUCCAGGCUUGGGGAAGCGCUGUAGUCCCGCAAAGGCUUUUCUCCCUCCGCUGCCUCCAGAUCUCGUCCUUCGCCAAUAGCAGCUGGACGCGCACCGAUGGCUUGGCGUGGCUGGGGGAGCUGCAGACGCACAGCUGGAGCAACGACUCGGACACCGUCCGCUCUCUGAAGCCUUGGUCCCAGGGCACGUUCAGCGACCAGCAGUGGGAGACGCUGCAGCAUGUAUUUCGGGUUUAUCGAAGCAGCUUCACCAGGGACGUGAAGGAAUUCGCCAAAAUGCUACGCUUAGCCUAUCCCGUGGAGCUCCAGGUGUCCGCUGGCUGUGAGGUGCACUCUGGGAACGUCUCAAAUAACUUCUUCCAUGUAGCAUUUCAAGGAAGAGAUAUCCUGAGUUUCCAAGGAACUUCUUGGGAGCCAGCCCAAGAGGCUCCACUUUGGGUAAACUCGGCCAUCCAAGUGCUCAACCAGGACAAGUGGACGAGGGAAACAGUGCAGUGGCUUCUUAACGGCACCUGCCCCCAAUUUGUCAGUGGCCUCCUUGAGUCAGGGAAGUCGGAACUGGAGAAGCAAGUGAAGCCCAAGGCCUGGCUGUCCCGUGGCCCCAGUCCUGGCCCUGGCCAUCUGCUGCUGGUGUGCCAUGUCUCAGGAUUCUACCCAAAGCCUGUAUGGGUGAAGUGGAUGCGGGGUGAGCAGGAGCAGCAGGGCACUCAGCCCGGGGACAUCCUGCCCAAUGCUGAUGAGACAUGGUAUCUCCGAGCAACCCUGGAUGUGGUGGCUGGGGAGGCGGCUGGCCUGUCCUGUCGGGUGAAGCACAGCAGUCUAGAGGGCCAGGACAUCGUCCUCUACUGGGGUGGGAGCUACACCUCCGUGGGCUUGAUCGCCUUGGCAGUCCUGGCAUGCUUGCUGUUCCUCCUCAUUGUAGGCUUUACCUCCUGGUUUAAGAGGCGAACUUCCUAUCAGGGCAUCCUGUGACUUGCCUUGCCACAUCUGUGUCUCUGGAACCCGGGACCUCUGGACCUCAGGUUCCCAAGACUUCAGUCCUGGUCUGCUCAGGAAUUGAAGAUGAAAGGAAUUAAAGAUGAAAGGAGAGAUACCUUGAAAAAGUAGAGAACAGUCAUAAGGCAGCUUUCAUCACACCCUUUUAACAUUUAUCUAAAAGAAUUUAAAUUCUUUUUUAAAAAUUACACUACAAGUUUAUAAGCCCAAAUGGCUCUGUGAAAUCAGAAGUGCAAAUGUGUGCAAACUUGUAUCUGAAAACCUACCAGGGACAAGCAGGUAAGAGCUUGUGUGAGUGUGUGUGAUGGGAUCUGCAAUGAACUGGAACACACAUGUCCUAUCCAAAGGAAUCAGCUGCAGCUGCUUGUUGUCAAGUAUAAAGUCAGGACCUGGCUUGGCUUUAACCAUUUUUCAAGAAAACUGGAAAUCUGGAUUUUCAGCAAACAUGCCUGAUUUUAAAAGGUCGACUCAAGUUUUUACAAAAUACUAUGUGGGACACCCCAAAUACAUACCUACUGACUGAUGGCAAACCCAGGAGUUUGUGUCUGUUUUAUAAAAAGUUUGCUCUGGAUGUCAUAUUGGCAGUUAGAGGACACAGUUUCUAUUGUAAACUUGGAUUUAUAACUGAAGAAGGACAUUUUCUCUUUAAAAGAAAGUUAGGUUAUAAGAAACAGAGGCGUUUCACAUUUUUACUUGGUGUAAUUGAUAAAUGAAGAGAAAUCA